AUGUCCUCCAGUGUUCGAGUAAAGCCAGUCAGAGCUGGGAGCGGUGUGAUGGCGGAGGGGGAAGUCCCACAGGAAAUCCCCAAGCGGGGAGCCAGAAAAACACUCUGUACACACACACAUGACUCUCUGUACACACACACACACGUACACAGAGAGAGAGAGAGCGAGAGAGAGAAAUAAGAAAGAAAAGAGGCGGAUAUUUAAAAAGGAAAAUGGACGACGACGUGACGAAACUGCGGAGCUGCGCCACUUUGAACACUUUUUAUCAUGAAGCUCAGCAGGAGCUUGCCAAUUUAAACAAACAGAUUUUAUCCCGAGACGGAAUUAUAGCUGAAUUAACAACCAGGCUGGCGAAAUAUGAGAGGACGUGUAUCAUGGUUGAGGGAGAAGAACCUUGUUUGGUUGGACCAGCCAAGUCUCUAGUGGAGAGUUUGUGUAGAAAAAACUCAAAGUUGAACCAGAAGCUGAAGGAGGCUGAAGUGGACUCAGUCCAGAAACUGGAAUCCAGCAAAAGAGAAAUCCAGAGUCUGCAGCAGAAGUUGAGAGAGAAGGAGCAGAUGCUGGAGUGGCCCGAGCACGAGAAGGAGCGCGAGAUCCAGCGCCUGCGAGCCAGCCUGGCAGCACGCGACCGGGAGCAGGCAACCCGGGAUGUCCUGUGCAACUCGUUGGCUGAUGAGGCAGAGCAGCUCAGGGGGCAGCUGGGAGCCACGGUGCGAGUGUGUGAGGAGCUACUGGGGAGGCUGGAGAAGCAGAAGAACCUGCCGGCUCUUGCAGAGCAUCAGACCCAGGUGACCGAAUCCUCCGAGGUCGCUCGACUGAACGGCAUUAUCGAUAAGUUACAGGUGGAGAACCAGCAGCUCAAAAGCCGCGUAGCAUACGUGGAAAACCUGAACUCAAAGUGGCAGAAGUAUGACCUGAGCAGGGAGGAGUACGUCAGGGGUUUGUGUCAGAAGCUGAAGGAGUCCAACGGCGGGAAGUCGGCAGGAGCCAUGACCCUGUACCAGCAGGAGAUCAACCGUCUCAACGGACUGCUGGAGGAGAAGAUGCUGGAGUGCGACAGGCUGAGCCGAGAGAGAGACGACUGCAUGCAGAGAACGCAGGAGCGCAUACAGAUGCUGGAACAGCAGGUCCUGGCUUACAUCGAAGACUUUAAGUCAGAGAGAGCGGACCGGGAACGGGCUCAGAGCAAAAUCCUGGACCUACAGGACGAAGUGGGGCGUCUGCAGCUGCAAAUCCGAGCGCAGAAUUCCAGAGAAGCUGUUCCAACACGGCGGAUCCUCCCCAACUUAAAGAAAGCGAGCCGUAAGCAGACUGAAACGGUCGAGCCGUUAUUGCGGAACAGUCCCCCGGACUCGAGCGCCAGGCGGCCGAACGCUCACUUAGCAGGGUCUGGCAUGUCCGAGCUCCAGUGCCCGCGAUGUCUCACAAUGUACGAUGAAAAACAUACAGACGAGUACCUGAACCACUGGGAGGAGUGCGCCCGAUUGUGAACUCUACACAUUUCACACUCGCACAAGACAUAAGAUGCACUACAGAAGAGUGUGGAACGCGUGUAAAAGGUACAGAGCAGUGAUGGACGACAAACUUUUUUCUGGAUGCUUGAACCAGAAAAGUUGGACAACCUUCACGUCUGGAUCGUAAUAAAUCCUCAGAGUGGGCUUUUUUUUUUUUUUUUUAAUCAAUCAGCCAUUUUAGGGAUUUAUUACAGCUCUGGAAGAGGAAGUGAAACAGGAACGCUCAGAGGAACGGACCUCUGACUUCAGAUGGGUCAUUCCUGAUUCAGAGAAUCAUCAGUCACGGGGUCCAAAGAGUUGCACAGCACAGAUUAUAUAUACUGUAUAUGAUAUGACACAUUAAUACCACAGCGCUGUCGAAUGCUCGAUUCUGAUUGGUCGAAAGGUGCUGACGUUUCACAGGUUUAUAUGAAAUGAUGAAUGCACUCACUCACUCAUUCUAAAUGUGUUAAAGUUAUGUCCUAAAAAAAAACACCUGUAUGAAGACUAACUGAAUAUUUCUGGAAGGAGUCUCCAGCGUCCGAGGUAAAGCUGUAAAGUUUUGCGACGUGGACAGGACGAGUUCGAGCUUCUCUUGAACGUGACAAGCUGCGGAUUUUUGACUUCCUAUCUGCAAGAGAAGCUGGCGAGGGAACGAUCGUUUAUAGCUGCUAGAACAUAAGCGAUAAGAACUUGGCUGUUUCACGGACGUUCGGCGACGUAAAACGUAACUAAACACGGAGAGUUGCUGUGAUAAUUGCUGUGGUCUAAGAGGAAUAAACCACUUUGUGCCGUUACUGGAAAGUAAUCAACUUCACGGUGGUGUCAGGAACUGUACUUCAUCAAAACACCACCACCUCAUUAUUGAUUAUUUUCCUAGAACAGCAUGCCACACUUCCAAGUGGUUUAUUUCUUACACAUGUACUGUCAUCUUACUGCAAGUGUAUUGAUGUAUCCCGAACUGAUUUUUUUUUUAGAUAUAUAUAUAUAUAUAUAUUUCCCCCGUUUUCUUUUUUAUAUGGUAUGUUUAAUUAUAUAAUUAAUAUUUAUAUGUUUUCUAUGUAUAAUUAAAGCCGUUUUUUGUCUUCUGGCUUGUUGGAUCAACAAACAGGUUUGAAUUGAUUUCUGUACCAAGUGCAAAAAAGCUCAUUUUUAUUUGAGCUUAUUAUUAUUAUUAUUAUUACUUAUUCUUCAAAUUAGCAGUCAGAUUUCUACAAUCCACACUCAGUUGCUUGAUAUACCUCAGUGAGUGUCUUUUUGUAGACUUGUGAACUUCCAGCACUUUCAUUUCAACAUUUUUGUCUUUUUAUUUGAAUAAUAAUGUCAAAAAUAGUGACUUAUAUAAAAUACAUAAGCUUUACAUAAAGGUAAAAAGUAUAUAAAAAAAAUCUAUUUCACUGUCAUGGUGCUUUUUGCUUUUUUUUUAAAAAAAAACUUGGAUUGUUAGAAUUUUGUUGUACAUCAUGUCAUACACACCAAGGCGAUAAAGUAAGAUCGAAGCGCACAGGACUGGCUUACAGUGUUAUUAAUUAAUCGCUUAUGUAAUCCGACACACACGUCUUCAAACCUGCGUCUUCAGUCAAAGGAAAUGUAAUAACUGGUAGUGUUGCUGUACAGUGUUGCUCACUCACUCACUCACUCACUGACUGACUGACUGACUGUCAGACUCCGAGGCGUCAUUUUGACUGUUAGGUACUUGCCAUUUGAUCGCCUCUACAGUCGAAAACAUUUCUAGUUCUAAGUAAGAAAGGAAGUUCCCUACAUCCUGGUAAGAUGAGACAUGAAAGCGUCGAGUCUCAGUCUGUGUAACACGACGGCCUACAAUUUCAACACGUUUGAAGCUAAAAUAUCAACAGACAUCAAAUAAUAUCUUGUUGCGAGGGAGGGGAAAAAAACACAAGAACAAGGAAGAGAAUGUGACGUGUCUUAAAAGGUUUAUUUUUGUAAUAAAAAGUUUGCCUUUUUCAGAAA